CAGCGACCUCAGACGGAACGGCUCAGGCCUCCUGCUGAUUGGUCAGUGACUGCCACGGCAGUUGUAUGUGUUUUGCCUGCCAUGGCUGUCAGUUAGAGGGAGCCUUAUCGGGACAGGCACUGGGAAGGGAUAAUCGCCUGCUCUGCUCACCCAACGGAGCCAUGGCCUAGCCGCGGCAGCCCAGGGACCCAGGAAGGCAGACGCGUAGCGGCGCGGCCAUGGCGCAGUACAAGGGCACCAUGCGCGAGGCGGGCCGCGCCAUGCACCUGAUCCAGAAGCGCGAGAAGCAGAAGGCGCAGCUGCAGGUGCUGAAGCAGCGCAUCGCCGAGGAGACCAUCAGCAAGUGCAAGGUGGACAAGCAGUUCUCGGCGCACUACGACGCCGUGGAGGCCGAGCUCAAGUCCAGCACCGUGGGGCUGGUGACGCUCAACGACAUGAAGGCCAAGCAGGAGGCGCUGGUGCGCGAGCGCGAGGCGCAGCUGGCGCGCCGGGCGCAGCGGGAGGCGCAGCGGCGGCGGCUGGAGGCGCGGCGCGAGGGGGAGCGGCGGCGCGCGCGCCAGCGCCAGAUCCGCGGCCUGUCCUUCUCGCUGGACGACGCCGACGACGACGACGACAGCGGCGGCCCCGAGGCCGGCGCCCGCCAGCGGCACCUGGGCAAGAACCCGGACGUGGACACGAGCUUCCUGCCGGACCGCGAGCGCGAGGAGGCCGAGAACCGGCUGCGCGAGGAGCUGCGGCGCGAGUGGGAGAGCCCGGCGAGCAGGUGAAAAGGCGAGGCGGUGGACGUGACCUUCAGCUACUGGGACGGCUCGGGCCACCGGCGCACGGCGCGCAUGCGCAAGGGCAGCACGGUGCAGCAGUUCCUCAAGGCCGCGCUGCAGGGGCUGCGCAAGGACUUCCGCGAGCUGCGCGCGGCGGGCGUGGAGCAGCUCAUGUACGUCAAGGAGGACCUCAUCCUGCCGCACCACCACACCUUCUACGACUUCAUCGUGGCGCGGGCGCGCGGCAAGAGCGGGCCGCUCUUCAGCUUCGACGUGCACGACGAUGUGCGGCUGCGCAGCGACGCCACCCGGGAGAAGGACGAGUCGCACGCGGGCAAGGUGGUGCUGCGCAGCUGGUACGAGAAGAACAAGCACAUCUUCCCGGCCAGCCGCUGGGAGCCCUACGACCCCGAGAGGCGGUGGGACCGGUACACGGUGCGCUGACGCGCCCCGGCCCCCGACCCCACAGUCAAUAAAGGCGCAGCGCCCGCAGUGCGUCCAA